CAAUUCGAACAAAUUUUAACUUUUUUUUCAAAUUAUGAUUACUAAAUUUCAGUUUGGUUACAAGUGUAUCUUUACCCUAGCGUCGACAUGGCUUACGCCGCGGAGUCGGACUCAGGUUUAGAUUUGGCUUCAACUACGAGGCAAGUCAAAUUGGAGAAAGAAAGCGAGCUGAGAAUCGAAGUCGGUAACGAUGCGCCGCUGCGUCUUCGGCUUCUUAACGGCAGCGCCGAGAUUUACGGAACUGAAUUACCUCCCGAAAUCUGGCUCACUUUCCCUCCACGUCUUAAAUUUGCAGUUUUUACAUGGUAUGGAGCCACAGUUGAAAUGGAUGGCAUAACUGAAACUGAUUAUACAGCAGAUGAGACUCCCAUGGUCAGUUAUGUAAAUGUACAUGCUGUGCUUGAAGGGCGGAGAAACUGUGCCAAAGCAUCUGCAUCAAAGUGCUCUGAUACUUCUCUGGGUCCUAGGGUAAUUGUUGUGGGACCUACAGAUUCUGGAAAGAGCACCUUUUCAAGGAUGCUGCUUAGUUGGGCAGCUAAACAAGGUUGGAAACCUACUUUUGUGGACUUGGAUAUUGGCCAAGGAUCCAUAACAAUUCCUGGAUGUAUUGCUGCUACUCCAAUUGAAUUGCCCAUUGAUCCGGUUGUAGGGAUUGCACUUGAAAUGCCCCUUGUUUACUUCUUUGGGCACACAACUCCAAGCAACAAUGUAGAUUUGUACAAAGUGCUUGUGAAUGAGCUUGCACAAGUAUUGGAGAAACAAUUUACUGCUAAUGUGGAAUCUCGAGUGGCAGGGAUGGUGAUCAAUACCAUGGGAUGGAUAGAAGGUGUUGGAUAUGAGUUAAUUCUCCAUGCAAUUGAUGCAUUCAAUGCCAAUGUUGUCUUGGUAUUGGGUCAGGAGAAACUUUUCAGCAGGCUGAGGGAUGUAUUAAGGAAAAAGCCUAAUGUUGAUGUUGUGAAACUUCAAAAGUCAGGUGGUGUUGUUUCCAGGAAUGCAAAAGUCCGUCAGAAGGACAGAAAUUAUAGGAUAAGGGAAUACUUUUAUGGCCUCACAAAUGAUCUCUCCCCAUAUGCUAAUGUUGCAAAUUUCAGUGAUUUGCUUGUCUAUAAAAUUGGUGGCGGACCACAGGCACCUAGAUCAGCUCUACCAGUUGGUGCAGAUCCUGUUGCCAGCCCUCUGAGAUUAGUGCCUGUGAAUAUUGACCGGGAUUUGCUGCAUUCAGUUCUUGCUCUUUCUUAUGCCAAAGAACCUGAUAAACUUCUCUCAAGCAAUGUCGCCGGUUUUAUCUAUAUCACAGAAAUCGACUCACAGAGGAAGACAGUUACAUAUCUUGGAGCAUCAGCAGGGAAUUUUCCAAGCAAAUAUCUGCUCAUGGGAACUUUGUCAUGGCUUGAAACAUGAAGCAUCUUCACGACAAAACCAGACACGGUUUGAUCAUAUAGUACUCAAAACACAGUUCUCUUUUCCAUAACUAAAUGCAAAUUGUUUUGGUUUAGCUUUAUAACCUUGUUCAAGAUGUAACUAGGGUUUCGCCGCCUUCUGUAUAGUAGUUAAAACGCACAAGCUUCUUCCUAAAAUGUACACUGUUAUUCAAUCAGUUAAUCCUUUUAGAAGUUACAAAUUUCUUAGCCGAUUUUGUUCUCAGUUGAAAACUCUGCCAUUUUGUUUUCAUCUUACUA